AUGACUCCGAGCGCAUCAUCGUCACUUUCAGUCGUCAUUGAUCUGUUCUCAUCCGUAGGCAUGCCUCGAUCGCAUAGCGCCGACAAGGGCGACCCCACUCGCAAGACUCCCGGACAAGGCACCAUCGGCAUGAGAUCGUCUGGACAGUGGAAAGUCCAGCUGAACGGCAGGUUCAACGGUCUCUUCGACGAGUUGGACGAGGUGGAGGACGCGCGCAAGCGGCCUGACGAUGCCCAGGCAAAGCGCGUUCAACAGGAAUGCGACUCGCAUGGCGACGUGUUGCUCGUCGAUGACGAUGUGCUUCGACGUCCCCAACACUACAGCCUCAAGAUGCACAAGGGCGGCUACGCACCCGGCAAAGGAAAGCCCAUUCAUCUCCACACCAUGAAGAAAGCGGCGAGACAGUUCGUGGACCACAAAAGCCACGGCAAGCUCGACAACAGACGCAGCACUUAUGGAGGCCACAACCCCGGCCGCUAA